AUGUCAAGGCUUGAUCGUUUAGUCCUAUUGCUAGAUACCGGUUCUUCAAACUUUAUAAGAAACACUGCAGCUGAUCAAUUGGCUGAUACCUCAAAGAACCAUCCAGACGAGAUCAUAAAUAUCCUCGAAAGAGUCUAUCCAUACUUGAAAUCAAAAAAAUGGGAUACAAGAAAGGCUGCCGCAAGAGCUUUCGGUGGAAUUGUAUCCAAUGCUGAAAUAUGGGAUCCGAAUAAAGACGAUGACAACAAUGAUCAUGAUGCUGAAUUCAAUCCUAAAAAUGAAGUCAAAGAUGAAGAUAUAGAUCACGACAAAGAUAUCAAAAUGUCUGAUGACCAAAACCAAGAUCCAGAAAUUAAAAAAGAACAGCUACCACAUUCCAAAAUAAAAGUCGAUCCAGAAAUUAAAUCAGAAAUUAAAUCAGAAAUUGACAUCGAACAAGAAGAUUUGAAAAAAUUCCUUAUUUCUCAAAAAUCAAGCGUCAAUAAUUUUAACGAUGACUAUAUAACUUUCGACAAAUUUAUAUUAUCUGAUAUCUUUAAAAACGGCAAAACUUUAAACAAAGGCGAUAAUUCAAUCCAUCAAAUCAAGUUGUUUAAACCUGAUGAUAAUUUUGAAAAAUUAAAAUCACAAAAAUUAUCUUUAAAUGCAAGACUAGGUAUUAAUGUAGAUUCAAGUUUAUACAUCAAAUAUAAUCAAUUUAAUAUUAAUAACAACACUACCAAUAACAACAACACUAUCAAUAUUAACACUACCAACAAUAAUAACAACUAUAACAAUGACAACACCAACGCUAACACUGCCAACACUAAUACUACCAACAUUAAUACUACCAACACUAACACUAAUAUCAUUAAUACGAAAAAUAACUAUUCAAAAAUCAAUAAUUAUAAUCAAAUGUCUAAUUCUAACAGCCCGAUUAAUCUGAUCAAUCAAAAGUUUAUUCCAAGAAGAGACUUUUCAAAAGACUCCAUAAAGGACUCCAUAAAGGAUCCCAUAAAAUAUCAAAACAACAUCCCUAGACCUUCUCAUAAAUCAAAAUCAAAAUCUUCAACUAGACUAGAAGCAAUGGCAAGAAGAAGAGCCAAAGUUAAUGCCAAAAAUAAUUCAAACUCUUCAACUCCUGUAGAUUUAUCUCAAUCCUCAUUUUCAAGAGAAUUGGCCCAAAAUAAUAAAAAUAACAGCAAUAACAACAAUAACAAUACAAAUAUCAUUAAUAAUAAUAAUAAUGAUACGAACGAUAAUGUUAACACUAAUAAUAAUAAUAAUAAUAAUAAUAAUAAUAAUAAUAAUAAUAAUAAUAAUAAUAAUAAUAAUAAUAAUAAUAAUAAUAAUAAUAAUAAUAAUAAUNAUAAUAAUAAUAAUAAUAAUAAUAAUAAUAAUAAUAAUAAUAAUAAUAAUAAUAAUAAUAAUAAUAAUAAUAAUAAUAAUAAUAAUAAUAAUAAUGAUAAUGAUAAUGAUAAUAGCAACCAGAACAAUAUUAAUAAUAAUGAUAAUCAAAUAAAUAACAACCAUUUGAAUAAUCUUCCUAAUAAUAAUCCUAAUAAUAAUCCUAAUAAUAAUCCUGAUAAUAAUCCUGAUAAUAAUCCUGAUAAUAAUCUUCCCAACAAUAACGAUAUUAAUGAAAAAAUUAAAUCAAUCAAAAUCACUUCCCAAGCAGGCGGAGAUAAAUUGGUCCUUGAAUCAAAAUCCUUAGACCCAUCCUUAGAUUCUUCCUUCAUAUCAAGAGAAUCGAAAUACUCAAAAUUUAUUUGGCUAUUCCAGGGGGUCUUUGAAUCUUUAUUAUUCAACCUAUUCGAUCAAAGCUGGGAAAUAAGACAUGGUGCAGCUCUAGGCUUAACUGAAUUAAUCAAAAAACAUGCAAAAUCUGUUGGUAGAAUUAAAGGAAAAUCAAAAGCUGAAAAUGAUGAAAAAAACUUACUAAUUCUACAAGAUCUAAGUUGCAGAAUACUAAUACUAUUUGCUUUAGAUCGUUUUGGUGAUUAUGUCUCUGACAGUGUGGUUGCUCCAGUAAGAGAAUCUUCUGCUCAAAUUCUUGCUACUUUACUAAUUCAUUUAAAGGAUAAUGACGACUUGACUUUAAAAAUCUUCAAUUCUUUAAUCUCUCUCAUUUUACAAGAUCCUUAUCAAACUGGCUUGAAAUACCCAUGUUGGGAUGCUAGCCAUGGGGGUAUGCUAGGCUUGAAAUAUUUUGUAAAUGUUAGAACUGAUAUACUAUUUAAAAAACCUGAACUCUUUCUUGAUAAAAUCUUGAGAACCGUAUUAUAUGGCUUGAAAGAAUCCGAUGAUGACGUUCAAUCUGUCGCUGCUUCUACUUUGAUCCCCAUCGUAUCUGAAUUUUUAAAAUUAAAACCCUAUUCCAUCAAAUCCUUAUUACCUGUCAUAUGGGAUUGUUUAACAAAUUUAAAAGAUGAUCUAUCUUCUUCAAUUGGUUCGGUAAUGGAUUUAUUAGCUAAACUUUGCUUAGACGAAAGAGUCCUAAAUUAUAUGGAAAGCUACUCUGAUAAUGAAUAUCUAAAAUUUGAACAUUUAAUACCUAGGUUAUAUCCCUUUUUAAGACAUUCAAUCACUAAUGUAAGAAAAUCUGUCUUGAACACUCUCAUCUCUUUUUUAAAAAUUUCUCAUACUGAUAUUAAUGAAAAUAAAAAAUUUAAAUCAUGGAUAAAUGGGAAAUUAUUAAGACUUUUAUUUCAAAAUAUUCUAGUUGAACAAAAUAUCGAAGUCUUGAAAUUAUCAGUAAAUGUUUAUAACACUGCUUUAACUGAAAUUCAAAAACUUGAUACUAAUAAUUCGGGUCAAUAUAUUGAAUCCUUCUUUAACCAACACGCAGAAUCUUUAUUAUCUUUACUUAUGACUCCCAUUGGUAUUCCAAGGAAUCAUUAUCAAAUGGAUACAUCUUUAAUAAUGAGGCCAUCGGGCAUUAUGUUUUCUGCUUCAUUAUCAAAAUCUUUUCAAAAUCCAUCAAACAAUAAAAAUAAUAUUUUAAAUCCUACAGAUUUAAAUGGAGGUGUUGUUCCGAUAAAAAGAGGUAGAAAAAGAAAAGCAUCACCUCCAGAUUCAAAUGUUCCUGUUCCAAAUAAAUGCGAUAACCAUAUUAAUAUUGAUGCACCAAUAUUCAAUGGUGAUAUAAUACUACUUGGUGAAGAUAUAUUUAUAAAGACAAGAGUCGAAGCCGCAAUAGCGUUUGCUAAUACACUUUCAUAUUAUUCUUUAAAAUCCACCUUUUUAAACAAUAUUCUCCUGAAAUUAGCUAAACAGUAUAUGAAAUCUGGAUAUUCAAGUCCUAAAAUAUUAACCGGUGUAAUAAUCCAAGAAUAUUGUUUGUUUUUGAAAAAAAGAAAAUUGCCGAAUAAUUACUCGAAUUUGAAGCAAUUAUUUUUAUUAAACUUUAUAAAAGUUUUGCAAACACCUUCGGUAGAAUUGCCAUUUUUUACGGAAUUAGUACCAAGAUUAAAAACUUUAAGAAUGCAUUGCAUUUCUUUAUUUAAUAUUUUUAUUGAAAUUGGUAAAAUUAGUCCAAGUAAAAUGCCUAUAAUUCCAGUUGUUGUGCAAGGUGAAAAAGAAGCCGGAGCAAAUGCUUUUUCGAUUGAAGCUGCAGAAAAAUUUGCCAAUCAAACAUAUAAUAAACUUUACAAAUCUUUAAGUCCAAUGUACAGAAUUCAAGUAUUCAAGAUUUUGGAAGAGAAAAAAUUCUUAAUAUUGUCAACUAUAGAAGAUUGCAAAAAAAUAUUAAAUCAGCGUAACAUUGGAGUGUUAGCCUCAUAUGCUGCUGCUGCAUUAAAAGCUGAAGAAUCAUUGCCCAAGAAACUAAACCCCUUCAUAAGGUCGCUUAUGGAUAGUGUCAAAACAGAAGAACAUGAACUAUUUCAAGAAAGAGCUGCAGAAGCAGUUGCCAAUUUGGCCAAUAGUUUGCAAAUGGCAGGCAAAACUAAUGUCUCUGAUAAAAUUCUUAAAAACUUAUCUGCAUUUUUGUGCUGCGAUACUUCAGAAGUUCCAGAAUUUGAACCAAACAAACUAUUUACAGAAAACAUUCUUUCUUUGCGUAAAGAAGAAGCAAUUGUUGAUCCUUCUGAUAUUGCAGAGCAUGAGAAAGCAGUAUAUGCUGCAAAAGUGAAACGUCAAGGUGCUAGGUUUACCUUGGAUAAGUUGUUGCAAAUGUAUGGUUCUGAACUAUUUGUUAAAUCACCUAAAUUGAAAGAAAUUAUAUUACUAUCCUUGGAAAAUUUGGACAGGGAAUCUACUGAUCCAGUCUUUCAAAAUGAGAAAACUUGCCAAUCAAUAAUUGAUUCCUUUGGAAUAAUAAGGUCUUUAUUACCCAAUCUUCAUCCUGACAUAAUCCAAAACGAUAUAUUAACUGUAUUGCCUCAGAUUUUGAGGGGCUUAAAGGCAAAAUUUUCCGUUUUCAGAUAUGCUGCUUCUAAAUGUUUUGCUACCUUGUGUUCCUCUAUACCUUCUAAAGUUGUGCCAUUUCUUGUCAAAUCAGUUUUACCAUUGCUCAAAAAUUCUAGAGAAGUUAAAGAUAGACAGGGUGCUAUAGAAUGUAUAUACCACUUAUCAACCACCAUGGGUUCUGACAUAUUGCCUUAUGUUGUUUUCUUAAUUGUGCCUGUGCUUGGUAGAAUGAGUGAUUCAAAUAAUGAUAUUCGUUUGUUGGCCACAACGACUUUUGCGUCUCUCAUUAAACUUGUUCCAUUGGAAGCAGGCAUACCAGAUCCUCCAGAUUUGCCUGAUGAUAUUUUAAAAGGGCGUGAAAGAGAAAGAGAGUUCAUUCAGCAAAUGAUGGACCCAACAAAAAUAAAGCCAUUUGAAUUACCAGUUUCUAUAAAUGCCAGUUUAAGGCAUUAUCAACAAGAAGGUUUGAACUGGUUAUAUUUUCUUAAUAAGUAUCAUUUGCAUGGUAUUUUAUGUGAUGAUAUGGGUCUCGGUAAAACAUUGCAAACGAUAUGUGUUGUAGCAAGUGAUCAUCAUAUGAGAGCUGAAAAAUUUCAAGAGACUGGAAAAGAAGAAUACAGAAGAUUGCCAUCAUUGGUUGUGUGUCCUCCAUCUGUUAUGGGCCAUUGGGAACAAGAAAUAAAACAAUAUGCGCCAUUUUUGACUGUUUUAGUUUACGCUGGAAAUCCUCAAAUGAGAGCUGCUUUGAAAGGUCAAAUUGAUAACUUUGAUGUAGUUGUUACUUCUUAUGAUGUUACUCGUAAUGAUACCUCAGUUAUAUCUGCUCAUAGUUUUAAUUAUUGUGUGUUGGAUGAAGGCCAUAUAAUUAAAAAUGCAAAUUCAAAAUUAACAAAAUCGGUUAAAGCAAUUAGUGCAGAUCACAGAUUAAUUUUAUCAGGUACUCCUAUACAGAAUAAUGUUUUAGAAUUAUGGUCAUUGUUUGAUUUUUUAAUGCCUGGCUUUUUGGGAACUGAAAAAUUAUUUCAAGAGAAAUUUGCAAAACCAAUUAGUGCUAGUCGUAAUAGUAAGACAUCUUCAAAAGAACAGGAAAAGGGUGCUCUUGCACUAGAGGCGUUGCACAAACAGGUGUUACCAUUUAUGCUCCGUCGUCUCAAGUCGGAAGUGCUUUCUGAUUUACCUCCCAAAAUUAUUCAAGAUCGUUAUUGUGAACUCAGUGAUUUGCAAAAACGAUUAUAUAAGGAUUUUUCAACCAAGCAAAAAUCACUUGUUGAAGAAGGUAUAAAGCAAGCUUCUGAGCAGGAAGACACUAAAAAGACACAUAUUUUUGAAGCAUUACAAUAUUUGAGAAAGUUGUGCAAUCAUCCUCGAUUAGUUUUAACACCCAAACAUCCAAACUACUUAGAGAUUGGUCAAUAUUUAAACAAUAAGAAAAUGGAUAUAAAUGACAUUAGACAUGCUCCUAAAUUGCUAGAUUUGCAGAAUCUAUUGUUAGAAUGUGGUAUUGGAACUAAUGUUACAUCAUUGAGUCCAACAAAAAAUCAGCAGCAACAAGAUAUUAUAUCUGAUGGAGUUAUAAGUCAACAUCGGGCAUUGAUUUUUUGUCAACUUAAAGACAUGCUUGAUAUGGUUGAAAAUGAGCUACUACGUAAACAUAUGCCUUCUGUUACAUUCAUGAGAUUGGAUGGAGGAACAGAUCCCAGAGAAAGGCAAAGUAUUGUUCAGAAAUUCAAUUCAGAUCCAUCAAUUGACGUGCUAUUGUUGACCACAAGAGUCGGUGGUUUGGGGUUGAAUUUAACCGGUGCAGAUACUGUUAUAUUUGUUGAGCAUGAUUGGAAUCCAAUGAAUGAUUUGCAAGCCAUGGAUCGUGCUCAUAGGUUGGGUCAAAAGAAAGCUGUUAAUGUGUUUCGAUUGAUAACGAAAAAUACUCUUGAGGAGAAAAUCAUGUCUUUACAAAAAUUCAAAGUGAAUGUUGCAUCGGCGAUUGUGAAUCAACAGAAUACUAGUUUGACGUCGAUGGACACAAAUCAGUUGCUUUCGUUAUUUGAUGUUGAAGAAUCAGCGACCGGAACUUCAGCAGAAUCUAUCAACGAAAAGGAUGUAGCAUCAAAAACAGUGAAUGAAAUGGCUCUUGGAACACAAGCCAAUGCUGUUAUGGGUGAUUUGGUUGAGCUCUGGGACGAAGCCCAGUAUGAAGAAGCAUAUAAUCUUGACUCCUUUAUCAAGACGCUUCGAUAA